AUUAAGGGGGUACAUGUGUUUUGUUUAUAUACUUCGUUCUUUCACACAAAUUGAGUCAAGGUUUUUAAGUGUGCCCCCCACCCACACAGUGUAUACCAUAUCCAAUAGGUAUGAAUUUACCCAUCCCAGCUGAAUGAUACACUUUAAAAGGGUGAAUUGUUUGGUACAUGCAUUAUUUCUCAAUAAAGCAGUUAUAAAAAGAAAAAAAGUCAGGUAACCAAUCAUUUCAACAACUAAGAGAUUAUGACAAAGAUUCUUUGCCUGGCCAAUCUUUAGUCAGGCUUCUGAACCUUCUUCUUGGCCCACCUGUGCACUCAGCUGUAAAAUCCAGUUUUAGCAAAUAAUGCUGCCAAGGCAGUUUAGCAAGAAUCCUCCACAAUGGAUACCUGAAGGAAAUUUUUCACUCUCCUCUCCCUUGGUGUCUGACCACUCUGGCCUGCUUUCAGCCCGAAUCCCGUCAGGCUGUUCCAGCCGUAAUUUUCUGCAGACUUGAUGACGUCUCCUCUUAGCAAUUUUCCAACCAUUGACUCCUGCUCCUCGCACUAUAACCCCUCCUGCUUACUCCGGUAUAUUGUAAUGGAGCCCAGCUCUAUACUGUGGAGUCUUCCUCUGGGAGGGGAUGUCCAACCUUAUUUCUUUUCUGGCCCACAUUGGAAGGAGAGUUGUCUUAAGCCACAGAUUAAAUACACAAACACUAAUGAAAGCUGACUGGUUUAAAAAAAAAAAAAGUGUGUCAGAUAAACACCACCACAAAAAUCGUCCUUACAAAAUCAGCAUGUGCCCACAGGCCACUGGUUGGGCACCCCUGAAUGUCUUCAGUAAAAUGUUGUCACUUCUUUAACUUUUGCCCAGUUCUGUUUUUCUUUGGACAAUGGAGGCCUCAAUAUGUUAUUUCAAAUCCUUGUGGCCAAUAGAUUGGUGGUUUUUAAGGAAGCAUCCGGCUUUAAGCGUAUUUAAGCAUAAAAUAUUCAGAGUGCAGCCCCGCAAUGGUUAGUAAAGUGCUGAAACGUUUAGCGAGUAAGAACAAGUCCAGCCUUGUCUGGACUCCAGUGCCUGGCGAGCCGCCGGCGCGGCCCGAGUGUGGGGCGCCUCGUGUCGCCGCGCCCCUCCUCCGGCCUGAGUCACCGCGCCGCCGGAGUCCCCACGCAGGGAUGCUGCGCUGAGCGCGACCGGACGCCGCGGGGUCUGGGGCGCAGCGUCAGCCUCUCAGCUGCCCAGCGGCGCCCACGGGACGCCAAGCCCGGCCCGCAGCCGCGCGCUCCCCGCCGGCACCGCGCCCGGCCUCCCCGAGGCUCCUCCGGACGUCCCGGGCGGCGGCGGCGGCGGGCCUGCCCUCCAUGGCGUUCACCCGGAAGAAGCACCGGGAGCAGCAGCUGCAGCUCUACUCCAAGGAGAGAUUUUCCUUGCUGCUGCUUAACUUGGAGGAGUACUACUUUGAACAGCACACAGCUAAUCAUAUUCUGCACAAGGGCCGGCACAAUGAAAGGAAAAUCAGAGGCUCCUUAAAAAUAUGUUCAAAAUCAGUGAUUUUUGAACCAGAUGCAAUAUCCCAGCCCAUCAUUAAGAUUCCUUUGAGAGAUUGUAUAAAAAUUGGAAAACAUGGAGAAAAUGGAGCCAAUAGACAUUUUGCAAAGGCAAAAUCUGGGGAGAUUUCACUCAUUUUUAGUCAGGUGUAUUUCAUUAAGGAACAUAAUGUCGUUGCACCAUAUAAAAUAGAAAGGGGCAAAAUGGAAUAUAUCUUCGAACUGGAUGUUUCAGGGAAAGUGGAAGAUGUUGUAGAGACGCUGCUUCAGCUUCACAGAGCAUCUUGCCUUGACAAACUGGGUGACCAAAUGGCCAUGAUAACAGCUAUCCUGCAGUCACGUUUGGCCAGGACAUCAUUUGACAAAAACAGGUUCCAAAGUGUUUCGGAAAAGCUGCACAUGGAAUGCAAGGCAGAAAUGGUGACACCGCUGGUGACGAACCCUGGACACGUGUGCAUCACGGACACAAACCUGUAUUUUCAGCCUCUCAACGGGUACCCGAAACCUGUGGUCCGGAUAACACUCCAAGAUGUGCGGCACAUUUACAAGAGAAGGCACGGCCUCAUGCCCUUGGGCUUGGAAGUAUUUUGCACAGAAGAUGAUCUGUGUUCCGACAUCUACCUAAAGUUCUAUGAACCUCAAGAGAGAGAUGAUCUCUAUUUUUACAUUGCCACAUAUCUAGAGCACCACAUGGCCGAGCACACAGCUGAGAGCUACACACUGCAGUGGCAGCGGGGGCACCUGUCCAACUACCAGUACCUCCUCCACCUCAACAACCUGGCCGACCGCAGCUGCAACGACCUCUCCCAGUACCCUGUGUUUCCCUGGAUAAUCAAUGAUUACUCCAGCUCAGAAUUAGAUUUGUCCAAUCCAGGAACCUUCCGGGACCUUAGUAAGCCAGUGGGGGCCCUAAAUGCAGAACGGCUGGAGAGGCUGCUGGCUCGCUACCAGGAGAUGCCUGAGCCCAAGUUCAUGUACGGAAGUCAUUACUCUUCCCCAGGUUAUGUGCUCUUCUAUCUUGUCAGGAUUGCACCAGAAUAUAUGCUGUGCCUACAGAAUGGAAGAUUUGAUAAUGCAGAUAGAAUGUUCAACAGUAUUGCAGAAACUUGGAAAAACUGUUUGGAUGGUGCAACAGAUUUUAAAGAGCUGAUUCCAGAAUUCUAUGGUGAUGAUGUCAGCUUUUUAGUCAACAGCCUGAAGUUGGAUCUGGGAAAGAGACAAGGUGGACAGAUGGUUGAUGAUGUAGAACUCCCCCCGUGGGCCUCAAGUCCCGAGGACUUUCUCCAGAAGAGCAGAGGUGCCCUGGAGAGCAAUUAUGUGUCAGAGCACCUUCACGAGUGGAUCGAUCUCAUAUUUGGCUACAAGCAAAAAGGGAGCUAUGCCAUCAAGGCUCAUAAUGUAUUUCAUCCCCUGACCUAUGAAGGAGGUGUAGACUUAAACAGCAUCGAAGAUCCUGAUGAGAAAGUAGCCAUGCUGACCCAAAUCUUGGAAUUUGGGCAGACCCCAAAGCAGCUGUUCGUGACGCCACAUCCUCAAAGGAUCACCUCAAAGUUCACAAGUCUGCCCCAAACGUCCAGUUGUAAUGCGUCUGUGGCAUUUUCCCCAGUGAACCCAGGGAUCAACCCCCAAGAGGAUUUAACACUGUCUGGAACACUGGGAGCAAACAUAGCUUUUCUUUCAAUUCACAAGAAUUUUAAAAUAAUUUUAAAAGCAGUUACUGGAAUAGCAGUCUCUCGCAAUGGGUCUUCAGUGUUCACGACAUCACAAGAUUCUACCUUGAAGAUGUUUUCUAAAGAAUCUAAAAUGCUACAAAGAAGUAUAUCAUUUUCAAAUAUGGCUUUAUCAUCUUGUUUACUUUUACCAGGAGAUGCCACUGUCGUAAGUUCUUCCUGGGAUAAUAAUGUCUAUUUUUAUUCCAUAGCAUUUGGAAGACGCCAAGGCACAUUAAUGGGACAUGAUGAUGCUGUCAGCAAGAUAUGUUGGCAUGACAACAGGCUAUAUUCUGCAUCAUGGGAUUCUACAGUGAAGGUGUGGUCUGGUGUUCCUGCAGAGAUGCCGGGCACUAAAAGACACCACUUUGACCUGCUGGCUGAGCUGGAACAUGAUGUCAGUGUAGACACAAUCAAUUUAAAUGCUGCAAGCACACUGUUGGUUUCUGGCACCAAAGAAGGUACAGUGAAUAUCUGGGACCUCUCAACAGCCACCUUAUUGCACCAGAUUCCAUGUCACUCAGGGAUUGUAUUUGAUACUGCUUUUAGCCCAGAUGGUCGCCAUGUCCUCAGCACAGGAGCAGAUGGCUGUGUCAACGUAAUCGACGUGCAGACGGGGACGCUCAUCUCCUCUCUGACGUCAGAGGAGCCCCAGAGGUGCUUUAUCUGGGAUGGAAAUUCUGUUUUAUCUGGAAGUCAGUCUGGUGAAUUGCUUGUUUGGGACCUCCUUGGAGCAAAACUCAGUGAGAGAAUACAGGGCCACACGGGUGCUGUUACAUGUAUAUGGAUGAAUGAACAGUGCAGCAGUGUCAUCACAGGAGGGGAAGACAGACAGAUUGUGUUCUGGAAAUUGCAGUAUUAAGUGCCUUUUCCUCUCUUGAAUAUCAAAUUGAACUCUAAUGUAUUUUAAAACCAAACUUUUAAAUGAACUGAUGAAUGUGCAAUGAUAGUAAUUACAAGUUCUACCAUAUGGAAAACUUUGUGGUUUUGACCAUUCUAAAUCAUGUGACUUCAUUGAAAGCCAUUAGUUGCUGUUCUCUUAAGGCAGAUAAAACAUGGCAGUGUUAGAGAGAAAACAUUACAUUUGUAGGGCAGACGAUCAUCGCAAUGUGAUGGUGGUUAGAAGACAGGACUGGGCAGCAGAGUGGCUGAGAGACAGUAAACUGGGCUGGGGAAACUCAUCAGUAAGUACUGAACAAUUAAGAAUUGUCCAAAAGAAGUGCAGUAAUUUCUACUAUUUCUGAGUCACCAUUUUGUCUUCCUAAUCCACCACAAUUGCCGCCCAUUGGUUUUUUGGGUAUGUGUGUUUUCAUGAAGUGGUCACUUUCUAUAAUGCCUUACCCAGAUUCUAAGAACCUGGGGAGAAUUUGCAGUUCUUAUGACAGUAAGCUUACUGUGUAUAGGAACAGUUGUAUUUCAUU